AUGUCCAACUCCAAAAUUGACAUAAUAUCAAAAUCAACGGUCACAAUCCCACCCCAAGCAGAACCAACGUCCCAGAUCAACUUAACCCCGUGGGAUCUGGAGCUUCUAUUUCUCAAGUACAGCCAAAAGGGCCUUCUCUUUCUCAAGCCCAGCCCACAAACUGAACCCAUUACCUCCUUAAUCCAACGCCUCAAACAAUCACUCGAGCAGACCCUCCAUUUCUUCCCUCCCCUCGCCGGCCGCCUCGCCUCCGCAGCCGAAUCCCGCCGCUUCUCCAUCGACUGCAGCCCCGCGGGAGGCGGAGGCGCGCUCUUCGUCCACGCCGCCGCGGAUCUCUCCGUCGCCGACAUCCUCCGGCCGGCGUACGUCCCCGCCGCCGUCCGAUCUUUCUUCCCCCUCGCCGGAGCCUGCAACAUUGACGGCGUGUCCCUGCCGCUGCUGGCGGCCCAGGUCACCGAGCUGGCCGACGGGAUCUUCGUCGGCCUCAGCAUCAACCACCUCCUCGCCGACGGGACCUCCUUCUGGCACUUCCUCAGCUCCUGGGCCGAGAUAUCCCGCGGCGGACCCGUCGUCCGGUUGUCCAAACCGCCGUCUCUCGACCGGGGCCGGCUCACCCUCGACCUGACCGGAUCCGCCGGGGUCGACAUCUCUGACGCACUCCACCUGCUCGACGAAAGUCCCGAACCACCACCACCAAAACCGAGCUUCCUCCGCGAAAGGAUUUUCCGUUUCUCCAAACGCGCCGUGGCCGGUCUCCGGGAGAAAGCCGGCCGGGAAGCUGCCGGAAUCAAAAUCUCAUCCCUCCAGGCGGUCGUGGCCCACGUUUGGCGGUCCGCCAUACGCUGCCGUUUUGGCGGGAAAAGUCCGGCCGCCCGUGGAACAACUACGUCGUUCGAGAUACCGAUCGGCGCUCGGGGGCGACUCGACCCGCCCCUACCCGAAGGGUAUUUUGGGAACGCAAUUUUCCCAGGGAUCGUGACCUUGAAAAUCGACGACGUGUUGGAGAACGGGUUGGGCUGGACGGCGGCCGAGAUAAACAAGAUGGUGGGCUCCUUCAAUGGGCCUAGUAAGGUGAAGGAGGUGUAUAUGGACUGGAUAAAGAGGCCCAACCUGCAGAGGCUGGACCGGCUACCAGAAAACUACUUCAUGUUGAUAAAUUCGCCGAGGUUUGAUGUUUACAGCAACGAUUUCGGGUGGGGGAGGCCGGUGGCGGUUAGGGGCGGCGCAGCCAAUGCUUUCGACGGCCGGAUAACUAUUUCGCGGGGUUUGGAGGAAGGGAGUGUGGAGAUUGAGGCGUGUUUGGCUGCGGAAACUUUGACUGGUUUGGAAGAGGAUAAGGAGUUUUUGGAGUAUGUGGAUUCGUAG